AUGCCGACUUCGACCAGACUGACUGGCAAGAAGGCGGAACCCAAAGCCAAACGCCAGAAGACAGAUAGCAAGACAGAGAAUGAGUUGGCUGCUGAGCUUGCAGACCACCCGGCAAUCCAAGAAAUCAAGAUGUGGACAGAUGUUCUUGCGGAAGAGCUUAAGGCAGCUUCUUCGGCUGGGCCUCUCGACAGUUGGGGCGGAAUCUACAGCUUUGACCUGAGUGAGUACAAGUCCCAGAUGAAAGCAUCUGGAGCCUACGAAUGCCUGUCCAUCGACAUCUGCACAUUUGCACACAGGACAUU